AUGUCUUCCUCCAAUCAGAACUCCCACUCGCCGUUCCCGUCGUCGGCGAUCACCGAGAAACUCGGUCGCACCAACUUCGUCACCUGGCACGCCCAGGUUCGGUCUGCUGUGCGCGGGGCACGGCUUCAAGGUCACCUCGACGACACCGUGCCGCCGCCGCCAAAAACCAUUAAGGACAAGGAAGAUCGGGAGAUUGAAAACCCGGUGUUCGACGACUGGGACGCUAAGGACCAGCAGGUCCUCAGCUUCCUUCUCUCGGCACUCUCCAAGGACAUCCUCGCCCAUGCUGCUCGAGCACAAACGGCGGCCGAGGCAUGGCGCUCCAUCACCGCGCUGUUCGCCUCGCAAACACGAGCCCGUGUUGUUAAUCUACGCAUGGCGCUCGCCACGACAAAAAAAGGUACUCAGUCCGUCACUGAAUAUUUCACUACGAUGAAGGGUUUUGGUGAUGAGAUGAUCGAGGCCGGUCGUGCACUCUCCGAUGAUGAACUGGUGGAAUACGUUCUCGCCGGUCUUGGUCCGGAGUUCGAAUCCCUGGUGACUUCACUCACCACGCGGAUUGAAUCGGUGUCCAUCGACGAGCUCUACUCCCAGCUGCUCACCUUUGAAGCCAGAUCCAAUCUGGCUCUUGGGGUCUGCGAGAAGCCCGGCCACUCCGCGGUGCAAUGCUGGUACCGCUUCGACGAGGACUACGUGCCGGAAGGGAAACAUGCUGCAGCGGCUUCGACAAGCUACAACGUCGACACCAACUGGUACACCGAUUCUGGGUCUACGGACCACAUCACAAGUGAGCUAGCCAAGCUGGCCACUCGUGAAAAAUACAAUGGAGGCGACCAGAUUCAUACCGCCAAUGGAUCAGGUUCCAGGAGCAUCCAUCCAGUGUCCGUGAUCAACCACAGGCAGCUGAUCCGCCGGUCGUUGCUGCCAGGGAAUCUCCCUGCAAUGGCCCUGCUGACGGGCCCCAUGGUGUCCUGGCGGGAGCACCAUCGGCCGAGCGAGCGGGCCACAGCCCUGCUGGCAGACCUCACGGCGCCCUGGCAGGAGAGCCACCGGCCGGGCGAGUGGAACUCGCUGGCCCCUGCACGGAUGCUGCUGACCGCGGAUACGUCCCCUGCUGCAGCAACCGGCCGUCCUCUCACGCGCUUGCAGCGUGGUAUUCGCAAGCAAAAGCAGUACACAGAUGGCACAGUAAGGUAUGGAUUAUUCACAUCUACUGGUGAACCAUCCUCUCUAGAUGAAGCACUGCAUGACAGGAAUUGGCACCAAGCUAUGGAAUCUGAAUAUGAAGCUCUCAUGAAAAAUCGAACGUGGCAUCUUGUUCCUCCUCAAAAAGGCCGCAAUGUUAUCGGUUGCAAAUGGGUCUAUAAAAUAAAAAGAAAGUCAGAUGGAACUCUUGACAGAUAUAAGGCUCGUCUGGUGGCCAAGGGAUUCAAACAAAGGUAUGGAGUUGAUUAUGAAGAUACUUUCACAUCUAAAGCCGAUACCUCUCUCUUCUUCUUUAGCAAGGGAGGCAUAACAGUGUUUAUAUUAGUUUAUGUGGAUGACAUUAUUGUUGCUAGCUCCAAUGAACAGGCCACCGUUGCAUUGCUCAAGGAUCUCAAGGAGGAGUUUGCACUAAAAGAUCUUGGGCCCCUCCAUUAUUUCCUCGGUAUAGAGGUUACAAAGGUACGCGAUGGUAUACUGCUCACCCAAGACAAGUAUGCUCGUGAUUUACUCAAGAAGGUAGGAAUGUCAGAAUGUAGACCGGUCACUACACCUUUAUCUACCAGUGAAAAAUUGUCAUUAUAUAAGGGUACUCCGUUAGGUGUGAAUGAUGCAACCCAGUAUCGGAGUAUAGUUGGCGCCCUGCAAUAUCUUACACUGACACGACCUGACAUUGCUUUUGCUGUAAACAAAGUAUGUCAAUUCUUGCAUGCUCCUACCACAUGUCAUUGGGAAGCAGUAAAAAGGAUACUAAGAUAUAUUCGGCAGUGCACUAGCCUAGGGAUUAAAAUUCACAAGUCCUCCUCUACUUUAGUCAGUGCAUUCUUAGAUGCUGAUUGGGCUGGAUGUAUAGAUGAUAGAAAAUCUACUGGAGGAUUUGCAGUGUUCUUGGGAAAUAAUCUAAUAUCAUGGAGUGCUAGGAAACAGCCAACUGUUUCUAGAUCAAGCACAGAAGCAGAAUACAAGGCGAUUGCUAAUGCCACAGCUGAGGUCAUGUGGGUUCAGAUUUUGCUAAGAGAGAUCGGUGUCAAGAGUCCAAGAGCUGCAAAAUUGUGGUGUGAUAAUUUGGGUGCCACAUAUUUGUCUAGUAAUCCUGUUUUUCAUGCAAGAACAAAACAUAUUGAAGUUGAUUAUCACUUUGUUCGAGAUCGAGUCAAGAAGCAACUAUUGGACAUUGGGUUUGUUUCUACGAAGGAUCAAAUAGCCGACGGCUUCACCAAAGCUCUUCCUGUCCGCCAAGUUGAAAACUUCAAAGUCAAUCUCAACAUGGACACGUUGAAAUUGAGGGAGGCUGUUAGAUAG